AUGUCGCGAAUACCAGAUCUCCCAGGUACUCCUGUACCACACAGGUCCGAGCAGGAGCAGUGGCUCCGACGCACUGUGGCUCAUCUGUGUCAGGUGGAGAACGAACGCUUUCCAGGAAGUCAACCUGUUAGUUUUGCUUCCUCGGACCUGGAAAAGCUAGACAAAAAAGACUACUGGGUUUGUGAGAAGUCAGACGGCAUCCGCGUCUUGCUUUUCGUGCAGACAGACCUGAAUACAAAUGAUCAAGCAGUAUACAUCAUCGACCGCCACAAUAGCUAUCGGCAAGUGAACGGCCUGUUCUUCCCCCACCAUGAGAAUCCGCGAAUGCCCCUGCGCAACACAAUCGUCGAUGGUGAGCUCGUCGUUGAUGUCGACCCCCGCACACAGCAAGAGACGCUGCGCUACCUCGCAUUUGAUUGCUUGGUCGUCGAUGAACAGAACGUUAUGUCAAAACCCCUGGAUAAACGCUAUGGACGGUUGAAGCUGUGGUUUUACCAGCCAUAUGCUAAGAUGCUCCAGGAAUACCCCCAAAUGGCACCACAGCAGCCCUUCCAGAUCCAAGUGAAACGUGUCCAACUAUCAUACCAUGUAGAUGACGUCUUCAAUAUCGAUCUUCCUGCCCUACAGCAUGGGAAUGAUGGUCUCAUUUAUACUUGCGCCGAGACACCCUAUAUACCUGGAACAGACCACAAUAUACUGAAGUGGAAACCACCUUCCGAGAACUCCAUAGACUUCAAGCUGGUGCUUCGCUUCCCACCUGUGUCAAAAGACUCCCCUGCUCCAGACUUACAUGCCAAACCCGUAUUUGAGUUACACGUUUACUGUGGUGACGAAAGGGGCAAGCAGCGAUACGAGUUCUUUGAUGUGAUGUACGUCGAGGACGAAGAAUGGGAGAGAAUGAAGGCUUCGAGCGAGCAGUUUGAUGACCGCAUCGUCGAAGUGCACUGGGACGCCGAGCGCGAGUACUGGCGCCUGAUGCGCUUCAGAGACGACAAGCCCGCCGGCAACUACAAGACGGUCGUCGACAACAUCAUCAAAAGCAUCGCCGACGGCGUCGAGAAGGAGAUGCUCCUCGAGCGCUCUACCUCCAUCCGCAACAACUGGAAAACCCGCCACGGCGGCCCACCACAGCCAGCGCCCCAGGCCCGCCCGCCCUCGUCACAUCCCCCUCUUCACCACGCGUUGCCCCCCAAGCCACCGCCACCGCCACCGCCCCCACCAUACCGUGACGCAGGCCCCAAGGUGGAACCGCGCUACGGCCCGUCUGCCCCAUCCCCCUGGAGCAAAGUCACCGGGCCCGAGAUGGUCGCGGGCAUGUAUCGAUGA